AUGCCGGAAAAUGCCGAUUGGAAAAGCCUGUUCUUCAAUGGCGGUGGGCGUAAGAUAACAAGGACUUACGUGUUUGAUGCCAAUGCGAUCUCGACUCUUAAGUUGAUAGCGAAAAGCAAAAGCUUGGAGCAGUCUUCCCGAGUAUUAGCUGUAAGUGCAUUCGAAUGGAAACAUGCCAUGCAGGCUUCUCGAUCAGUUUCAGGAACUCUAAAGGCAACUAUUUUAUUCCAACCAGUGAACCUUCGACCAAAAUUUAAGCCCGCCUUACCGAGUUAUUCAAUUGGGAACAUGUUUUCGAUGGCAAGUAGCAUGUAUAACCCAGUUGGAAAAUAUAUUGACUUGUCUGAGUUGAGUUACCUAGUGAGAGAAGCAACCAAAAGUGCCCCUAAUGAUCCCCAGACUUUGUUUAGCAUUCCAGGGAUCCAUAAUCGAGAGUUCAGCAAUGGUUUCGUUUUAAAAGAGGCAAGGCAGCACAACGCCAUUGAAGUUUGGAUUACUUUAUCCGAUAAAGAAAUGGGUUUUCUGGAACGUGAUCCAGAGUUCCUCGCAUUUGCUUCUCCAAGUUCUUACUUUGAUAAAAGUGAGAUCUAA